AUGCAAGAACCGACCUAUGACCCGAGGUCAACCCUUAGCGUGGUGUACGCCUACAAGCUCGUCAAUUGCCCCGGCAAGACCAUCGUUGGAUUACGGGUGGAAUUCCCCCCCAACGCAUCGACCCCUCCCCACCGGCAUGGCGGCGCCUCGGUCUCGGCCUAUGUCCUCCGCGGCACGGUGCUCAACAAAAUGAACGACGACCCGAUGCAGGUGAUCGAGACGGGAGGCACCUGGUAUGAAGCUCCGGGCUGCCAUCACCGCAUCAGCGACAACGCUAGUGCGACGGAGCCGGCCACCCUGAUGGUGAGCAUGGUCCUGGACUCGGAUGUGUAUGACCGUGAUGGAGUGGAUGCGUUGAUCCAGAUCGAUGAGGAGUAUCGGUAG